UUCUUCACUUUCCUUUUACUCCAUAUGUUGAUUGUUGUAAAUCAAAUCUUGAAAUCCACUUUAAAAUCCAACUUUUUAUCAAAGAUCUACGGCCUAGCAAGUCUUACUACCAUGGCAGAUCGUGUCUCUCUCUUCCAGACCAUUGGUCUCAGCCAACAGAAGGCUAAAGAGACGACCAAGAACGAAGCUCUCUCACAGAAGUUGGAGUCAAUAGUUUUACAGGCCCAAAAGAAAAUGGGUACCAGUGAUCCAGACAAACAAUCAGGGACCAUGCUUUACUUACUGGCAUCCAGCAGUUUGAAAGAUGAAAGCCGACUUUCCUUUCUUGUGGACUAUAUCAGUAACAGGAAACUUGGUUCAUCAGCUCAAUUAAACGCUGGGAUUGAAUUUUUGACCAAGACAAACCCUAUUGGAGUCAUAAAGAAAGCUGACUUUGAAGCACAAUGUGGCGUUGGCAUAGAAAUCACACCAGAACAGAUUGAGGAGUGUAUAGAGUCAAUAAUCAAUGAAUAUAAGGAAGAGAUAGUUGAAAAAAGAUAUCAGUUCAAUACAGGUCUCAUCAUGGGCAAAGCCAGACAGAAGCUAAAGUGGGCUGAUGGAAAAGCUCUAAAGAGUGAAAUGGAUAUGCAGAUUUUAGAUUUACUUGGACCAAAAACUGAAGCUGAUUCAAAAAAACCUGCUAAGGAAAAGGAUCCCAAGCAAAGUAAAGGACAGAAGAAGAAGGGAGGGAGUUCAGAGAACAACAGUGCUGCAGUUGUUAAUGGUGAUGUCCAGGAUGACAAAGGGUUGACUGGAGAGUUUGCAAGGUUCCAUAAACCUGGUGAAAACUACAAGACCCCAAACUAUGUGAUCACACCAAAGACAAUGCAGCUGAUGAAGGAGCAUCUUGAGAGAACAGGAGGCAGGGUCCUAACCAGAUUCCCACCAGAACCAAAUGGUAUCUUACAUAUUGGUCAUGCCAAGGCUAUCAAUGUGGAUUUUGGUUACGCCAAGGCACAUGAUGGCUUCUGCUAUUUGAGAUAUGAUGACACGAAUCCAGAAAAAGAAGAAGAAAAGUUCUUCACAGGAAUCCUUGAAAUGGUUGAAUGGCUUGGAUUUAAACCUUGGAAGAUUACUCAUGCUUCUGAUAACUUUGGCAAGUUGUAUGAGUAUGCUGUCGAGCUCAUUAAAAGAGAUCUUGCUUAUGUGUGCCACCAACAGUACGAAGAAAUCAAAGGCUACAACCCGCCACCAAGCCCAUGGCGAGAUCGGCCGGUGGAGGAAUCCCUAGCACUAUUUGAGGAUAUGAAGAAGGGUAAAAUUGAUGAAGGCAAGGCGACCCUCAGAAUGAAGACAACCCUAGAGGAUGGUAAAGUUGACCCUGUUGCCUAUAGAAUCAAAUUCAGUCCUCACCAUCGAACUGGAGAUGAAUGGUGUAUUUAUCCUACCUAUGACUUCACCCAUUGUCUGUGUGAUUCUAUUGAGGACAUUACUCACUCACUCUGCACUAAAGAAUUCCAAUCCAGACGUUCCUCAUACUACUGGCUGUGUAAUUCCCUUGAUAUCUACUGUCCUGUCCAGUGGGAGUAUGGCAGACUUAAUCUUGGUUAUACAGUGGUAUCCAAAAGAAAGAUUGCCAAACUUAUCAACGAAGGAAUUGUCAGGGACUGGGAUGAUCCAAGGUUGUUCACCCUGACAGCUUUGAGAAGACGUGGAUUUCCCGCAGAAGCCAUCAACAAAUUCUGCGAUAAGGUUGGCGUAACCAUGGCUCAGACCAUGAUUGAACCGCAAAUGUUAGAAGCUUGUGUGAGAGAUGAGCUCAACCUUACUGCUACAAGAGUCAUGGCUGUUCUUGAUCCUUUGAAAGUCAUCAUCAAAAAUUUCCCAUCUGAGAAAACAAUGUUCAUUGAAGUACCAAACAAUCCAAUGGACCAGAGCAAAGGAACUCAUAAAGUUCCCUUUGAGAAGGUUAUCUACAUUGAGAACAGUGACUUUAAGGAGUCUGCAGAACAGGAUUUCCGUCGCUUGACUCCCAACCAGACAGUUGGACUGAGACAUGCUGGAUACGUCAUCAAAAUAGCAAAAAUCAAUAAGAAUUCUAAUGGUGAGACAACUGACUUGGAGGUAACAUGUGAACCAGCGGGUACUGCUGCCAAACCAAAGGCUUUUAUUCACUGGGUGUCUUCUCCAAUCUCUUGUGAAGUCAGGCUUUAUGAUAGACUUUUCUACCACAAAUUUCCUGAAGAUCCAGAAGUUGUUCCUGGUGGUUUUAUUACUGAUUGUAAUAAGGACUCACUUCAUGUCAACACCAAAGCAUUGGUUGAUGUGACAGCAAAAGCUGCCCCUGUUUAUACGAAAUUUCAGUUUGAAAGGCAGGGCUAUUUCUGUGUUGAUAAAGAUUCUACAAAAGACAAGCUUGUCUUCAAUAGGACUCUACCACUGAAGGAAGAUUCUGGGAAGAAUUGAUUGCUAAUUAAUGUAAUAAUCUUGACAGCAAAGGGAGCUUAUCAUGUACCAUGUGCACACUAUUGAAUGAUAAGGACUUAUGUUGUUUUCUAAUAACAAGAAUAUUUCAUUAAAUAUCUGUAAAAUCUUA